UACUCCCAGGCCAUGCCUGUUUUCUAAGCUUUUUUAUCUUCCUCCUCGCUCUUCACCUCUCAGCUUAAAAUAUUGCUGCCAUAUAGCCCACCUUAUUAGGAAUGUGUCCACUAGGCUGUGUCUCCGUUCUCUCUCUUUUUAAAGCAAAAGUUCUCAACGUUAACCUGUAGCAGAAAGAAGAAUGGGGCGGGGGAGGGGGGCUGUUCGGUCCGCCCUUCCUGGCUGUCGCCACCUUGCAGGUUCUGACACAGUGACAGAGGGAGGUCUGGGGAAGGAGACAGACUGGAGCUGCUUAUUCUCCUGGAAACCCGGAGCGACUUGGUGCAGACAGCCCUUCCUACUUCGCCUGCGGCUCUUUUGUGUGACUUUGAGAGGGGCUCCUGGUGACUGAUUCCUCCCCGCCAGCGUGCCUGCUGAGGCUCUGGGAGGGAGGACCCGAGUGAGCAGAGCAGUAGCCAGAGGCAGCCAGCACAGACCUCAACUGCUGGAACUGGUGUGCAGUUUCUGAAGUCAGCAGAAACAGAAAUCAAAUUACUAUCACCUCAUGCUGCUGGGAGCUCAAGGAGAAGGGGAUUCCACACCGGCUCAGUCACCACCAUGCGACAGGCGAGUCACAGGACAGCGGACCCUGGCGACAACGAAUGUAAGUUCUUAAGCUGCUGUCAUUUACUGCUGUGGGAUUUUUCUCUGUGGUUGAAGUCACGCUUGGCCACGAUGCCGUCAUUGCCGUGAGAAUUUCUGGUGUGGAAAGUUCUCUGCUGCUCUUCGGGAUGCGUUUUCCUUCCGUUAAGCAAGCCCCAGACCGAGCUGAAAUUCCUGAUCGCCGCUGCGGCGUUUCUGCCUGAGACUAAGAAGGGUAACCCAAGUGUAUCCAGUUACUAUGGGAUUAACACUGCAUGGGUUCUUAAUGGAAUUCCUUAAUACAGAGGGCACACAGCCCUCCCUACCGAUUUCGGAUUGCAUGAUGUUUUAACUUUGUGAUGGCCGGACUCGUGAAAUCAGCACGUUUAACCCGAGAAUUAGCUGAAACAGAUUCGCACCGGCUACAAAACUUUUCUUCCUUAACCAGGAGCACGUUUGUAUCCCCAAAUGCUCAAAACUGCUUUUUUGCCUCUGCUUCAUUGAGAACUUACAGCUCGACAGUGGACUCUUGCUAGCACUUUGUGAAGGGAGGCAGCGUCAAGAGCCAUCACACUUCUGGAACUCUUACUAUGGGAGAGGAAAAUGCAGCCGGAGGAGCCACACAUGGUCUCCACUUCACCGCGUCUUAGAGCCAGAACAUAAAGAUGAAUGGUGAGCCUAGGCUGUGACUCGCUAGUCUCUCCACACUUCAUCGGCUACAACUUCCGGCUUAGACAUGGAAAUUCUCUGUGAAGACAAUACUUCUCUGAGCUUAAUUCCAAACUCUUUGAUGCAAUUAGAUGGCGACUCGAGGCUCUACCAUAAUGACUUCAGCUCCAGAGACGCUAACAGUUCUGAUGCAUCGAACUGGACCAUUGAUGCUGAAAAUCGAACCAACGUAUCCUGCGAAGGGUACCUUCCACCGACAUGCCUCUCCAUUCUUCAUCUCCAGGAAAAAAACUGGUCUGCUCUGUUGACAGCUGUAGUGAUUAUUCUGACCAUUGCUGGAAACAUACUGGUCAUCAUGGCAGUGUCCCUAGAGAAAAAGCUACAGAAUGCCACCAACUAUUUCCUGAUGUCACUUGCCAUAGCUGAUAUGCUGCUGGGCUUCCUUGUCAUGCCUGUGUCCAUGUUAACCAUCUUGUAUGGGUACCGGUGGCCUUUGCCUAGCAAGCUCUGUGCAGUCUGGAUUUACCUCGAUGUACUCUUCUCUACGGCCUCCAUCAUGCACCUCUGUGCCAUCUCACUGGACCGCUACGUCGCCAUCCAGAACCCCAUUCACCAUAGCCGCUUCAACUCCAGAACCAAGGCCUUCCUGAAGAUCAUCGCUGUCUGGACCAUAUCCGUAGGUAUAUCCAUGCCGAUCCCAGUCUUCGGAUUGCAGGAUGAUUCAAAGGUCUUUAAGGAGGGGAGCUGCCUGCUCGCGGAUGACAACUUCGUCCUCAUAGGUUCUUUUGUCGCAUUUUUCAUCCCCUUAACCAUCAUGGUCAUCACCUACUUCCUCACUAUCAAGUCGCUUCAGAAAGAAGCCACCUUGUGUGUGAGUGACCUCAGCACUCGGGCCAAAUUAGCCUCCUUCAGCUUCCUCCCUCAGAGUUCUCUGUCAUCCGAAAAGCUCUUCCAGCGGUCCAUCCACAGGGAGCCGGGCUCCUACGCAGGCCGGAGGACGAUGCAGUCCAUCAGCAAUGAGCAAAAAGCAUGCAAGGUGCUGGGCAUCGUGUUCUUUCUGUUUGUGGUCAUGUGGUGCCCCUUCUUCAUCACCAACAUCAUGGCCGUCAUCUGCAAAGAGUCCUGCAAUGAAGACGUCAUCGGAGCCCUGCUCAAUGUCUUUGUCUGGAUUGGUUACCUCUCCUCCGCUGUCAAUCCACUGGUCUAUACGCUGUUCAAUAAGACUUAUAGGUCUGCCUUCUCGCGGUACAUUCAGUGUCAGUACAAGGAAAACAGAAAGCCGCUGCAGUUAAUCUUAGUGAACACUAUACCGGCGUUGGCCUACAAGUCUAGUCAGCUCCCCGAAGGACAAAAAAAGAACUCACAGGAAGAUGCUGAGCCCACAGGUAAUGACUGCUCUGUGGUUACAACAGGUGAUGAUUGCUCUAUGGUUACAACUGGUAAUGACUGCUCUAUGGUUACCACCGGUAAUGACUACUCUGUGGUUACCACCGGUAAUGACUGCUCUGUGGUUACCACCGGUAAUGACUGCUCUAUGGUUCCACUAGGAAAACAGCACUCAGAAGAGAGUUGUACAGACAAUAUCAACACCGUGAACGAAACAGUCAGCUGUGUGUGAUGGACUGGUUGCUGUGAUAACUGCACUGGAACCAGUUGUUACCUUGUGUGUUGGGGCGGGGAUAAGGAGGCUGGGACACAUCAGACUACUCCAGUAACUCAACAGUGUCCAUAUGCCUCAUUGGGUUCUGUGUAUGGAGAGCAGGGUGUCACAAAAUGUGCACUUGACAACGUCCUGACAGCAUUUGCGGUAGGAGUGUUGGUUUUAUCAUUGUCCUUCUAACAUUGUCAAUGAGAUCUUUAAAACCAUUGUCCUUUAUUGUACAAUUUUAAUGAGGCAUAAAACCAAUCUAAUUUCUAUUAUCAAAUAGAAACCUUGCUGCCAUGCUGUUGAUGGGUGGCAUGGGAGUGAGUUGGUGACCUAUUAUUGUACAUAAAAAUAGCUAGAAAUACUGAAAAUAAUGAAUAGCCUCUUUUUAAAAAAAAAUAAAAAGCAUUUAAAAUUCACCAUGACGCAUAUUUUGAAAAUAAAAACUAGUAUUAUGAAAUUUGUAUUGCUAAUAUAAUUAAUUGAAAUACUUGACAAUAUUUUUCAUUCUUGCCUUUUCAUAGACACCAUUUUGAAAUGUUCACAAGAUCGCGGGCAUUUGCUGCGUGUGUCAUUUAAUUCUUGGAUGUGGAAGGGUUUUAAAUGUUACUCAAUGACGCACUGCUUUCUCUUCUACUUCUUGGGCUUUACCUGAAUUUGCAGUGUGGUCUUGUUUCGUAUCUUUUCUUCUCUGUGAACUAUCAAAGGAUAAUUUCGCUUUUCGAAAUACAGUUCUAGAACUCGCUUCAAAGAAACAGCAUCGUGGAGGUAUUUGGUCACGCUCUAUGGAACCACUGCACUGCGCAUGCGCCCUUUUAGCUGCGACCUGUGCGUAGAGUUGACUGUCACAGCUAAACAAUAAACUCAGGUUUCUCGCUGUUAGCAGUAGUUUCUUAGGCUAUUUCUGAAAAAAAAAAAAAAA